UUGCGGCCGCUACUGCGCUCUCCUCCGCUUCAAACGCUAUACAAACACCCUCCUCCGCUACUAACCUGUGCACUAGGCCUCGGGCUUCUCGCACUAUUCCCUCGACUCUGCUACUCCGCAUGCGCGGCGUGGGGAGUGUUGGGAUCGCGGAAGCGGCGCACGCAGAAAAUAGUCUUUGCCCGGCGCCCAUGGCCAAACCUGAGCUCCUACGGCCAAUUCUUGGUAUGUAAGCGGAUGGAUGCGAUCUGCCAGCGGAUGCUGAAUCAGGGCUUUCUGAAGGUGGAGAGAUACCACAGCCUGUGCCAAAAACAGGUCAAAGCACAGCUCCCACGUCGGGAGUCAGAGCGUCGGAAUCACUCGCUGGCCCGCCAUGCCGAUAUCCUGGCAGCCGUAGAGACCAGACUGUCACUGCUCAACAUGACAUUCAUGAAGUACGUGGACACCAAUCUGUGCUGUUUCAUCCCCGGCAAGGUGAUUGAUGAGAUUUACCGGGUGCUGAGGUAUGUGAACUCCACUCGGGCCCCUCAGCGAGCACACGAGGUACUGCAGGAGCUUCGCGACAUCUCCUCCAUGGCCAUGGAAUACUUUGACGAAAAGAUUGUCCCGAUCCUGAAGAAGAAGCUAACUGGAUCGGACGUGUCGGGGAGACUCCUCGGGACCCCACCAGUGCCCGGCCCAUCAACCACACUCACUGCUGUGCAGCUGUUCUCGAAGCAGACCCCGGCCCGGCACGAGCUGUGUAAGCUACAGCAGCAGGUGAAGACUCAGGGGCUUAAUGUGACCACGGUGCGCCGGGAGCUGGCUGACUUCCGGGUCAAGUUCCAGGAGCAGCAGAAACAGCUCCAGGACCAAGACCAGAAGAUCCUGGAGCAGAACCAGAUCAUCGGUGAGCAGAACGCCCGGCUGGGUGAACUGGAGCGCAAGCUGUCUGAGCACACGCUCAAGCACCAGCAAAGCCAGCAGAAGCUCAAGGACUUGCAGGAACUGCUGGAGAGGGUCAUCGAGACGGAGGAGGACGGGCAGGGGGCGUCCGGCUCCAUGGCCAAACGUAAAAAGCCCCCCGAGGAAGCAUCAGCCCUGACGGACUCUCCCGUCUGCACGAAGAGGCUUCGCAGUCGUAAAUGAGGAGUCUGUGUUUGUGGCCGGGGGGGCCGCGUGGGGAGAGGGCACAGAGGGGAUGAGUUUCUGUUUUGUGUGGUUGUUUUUUACCCUGUCUCUCGUGCACGUUUCCCCCUCCCCACCACCACCCACCCCAAAAGAUCAGCCUUUGGGAUUAUGGAACAGCCAUCUGCACUUGAACACGAGCCAAAUAGGGGCGGGGAAGGAAAAGGGGACAGAUAGAUCCUUUCACUGGCAAAUGGAAAUCUACUGACUGCAGAGUGUGGAAAGAGUCCUGUAACAUAGUGUUUAGAGCACUCGCCUCGCAAGUGAGAGGACCUU